AUGGCAAUGCAACGACCAUCAUCGAAGCUCCCUCCCGGUGCAAACCGUAUCCUCUUCGUCAAGAACUUGAAUUACCAGAUCACGGGCGAGGACUUGUAUGACCUUUUCGGACGAUACGGCAGCAUCCGACAAAUAAGGAUAGGAAACGAGCAAAAGACAAAGGGCACGGCCUUUGUGGUGUUCGACGAUGUGAUGGACGCCAAGAAUGCACUGGAGCACUUGAAUGGUUUCCAUUUGCAGGAGCGUUAUAUCGUCGUACUGUACCACAUGCCUGCGAAACAGGACGCCGCCGCCGCCAAAGCCGAGCUUGCGAAGCGAGAAGAGGAGCUCGCAGCACUCAAGAGCCGACACAAUAUUGGAGACGAGGACUGA